GUUAACAUCAAAUUAAAAAUACCGAGCCAAAAAAAGACGCCAAAAAUCGAAGGCUUCAGAAUGAAGGUACCUGUUAUAGGGAUUGAUCUUGGAACUACGUACUCUUGUGUAGGAGUUUUCCAACACGGAAAGGUGGAAAUAAUAGCGAAUGACCAAGGAAACCGAACGACACCAAGUUAUGUGGCGUUUACGGAGACGGAGCGCAUGAUCGGGGACGCCGCGAAAAACCAGGUGGCGAUGAAUCCGAAGAACACGAUCUUUGACGCCAAGAGACUUAUUGGGAGAAAAUUCGAGGAGUCGUCCGUGCAAAGUGAUAUGAAGCAUUGGCCGUUUAAGGUGUUGAACAAGCAAGGGAAACCUAUGGUUCAAGUGGAAUAUAAGAACGAAAUUAAAACCUUUAGUCCGGAGGAAAUUAGCUCGAUGGUGUUGAUCAAAAUGAAGGAGACGGCGGACGCUUUUCUAGGGGAGAAAGUCACACAAGCCGUCAUUACGGUCCCUGCUUAUUUUAACGAUUCGCAGCGUCAAGCGACAAAGGAUGCAGGCGUCAUAGCAGGAUUAGAUGUGUUGAGGAUAGUCAAUGAGCCUACGGCCGCGGCUCUAGCCUACGGUUUAGACAAGAAUUUAUCUGGCGAGAAGAACGUUUUGAUAUACGAUUUAGGAGGGGGUACUUUCGAUGUGUCGAUUCUCACGAUCGACGAAGGCUCGGUUUUCGAGGUGCAGUCUACGGCCGGAGACACACAUUUAGGAGGUGAGGAUUUUGACAACAGAAUGGUAGACCACUUUGUGAAAGAAUUUAAGAGGAAAUACCAGCGGGAUAUAACGUCCAACAACAGAGCUCUCAGAAGGCUACGUACUGCUUGUGAAAGAGCCAAAAGAACUCUUUCCAGCAGCACAGAGGCUAGCAUAGAAAUCGACUCUCUGUACGAUGGAGUAGAUUACUACACCAAAAUAACUCGCGCAAGAUUCGAAGAACUGUGUUCUGACUUAUUCAAAAGUACGAUGGAGCCCGUCGAGAGAGCGUUGACGGACGCAAAGUUAGACAAAUCAAAAAUACACGACAUCGUGCUGGUUGGUGGAUCUACAAGAAUACCCAAGAUCCAAAAACUACUCAGCGACUUCAUGGGAGGAAAGGAGCUGAACCGCUCCAUCAAUCCGGACGAAGCUGUGGCCUACGGCGCCGCUAUCCAAGCCGCUAUUUUGUCGGGGGACCGGAGUGACGCUAUAAAAGACGUGCUUUUAAUCGACGUCGCACCGUUAUCCUUAGGUAUAGAAACAGCUGGCGGCGUCAUGACGAAUCUGAUUGAUAGAAACAGUCGAAUUCCAUGCAAAACUAGCAAAACCUUCACAACAUACUCAGAUAACCAACCAGGUGUCCAUAUUCAGGUAUUUGAAGGCGAACGCGCCAUGACUCGAGACAAUCACAAACUCGGGAACUUUGAUCUCACGGGCAUUCCACCAGCGCCCAGAGGUGUUCCGCAGAUCGAUGUGGAAUUUGACUUAGAUGCAAACUGUAUUCUAAAUGUUUCUGCAGUAGACAAAAGCACUGGAAGAUCCAAUAAGGUAACCAUUACAAACGACAAAGGACGAUUGACCAAGGCCGAGAUUGACCGAAUGGUUUCGGACGCCGAAAAGUACCGAGAGGAAGACGAAAACCAGAAAGAACGCGUGCAGUCCAAAAAUCAGCUGGAACAUUACGUGUAUGGCGUCCGUAGCGCAGUGGAAGAGGAAAAAGGCAAACUAGAACCUUCAGAGAAAACGGUAGCGUUGAAUGCCUGCGAGGAAGCUCUAAAAUGGCUGGACCUUAAUGCCGAGGCUGAGAAGUCAGAAUAUGAAAGUAAACUGAAGAUGGUACAGGACACGUGCAGUCCAAUGAUGACAAAGCUCCAUGGUGAUCAGAAAGGAGAGAGUACUGGGGGCGGACCUAAAGUGGAGGAAGUUGACUAAUCAGGUGUUAUUUGUGAAACCACGUUAACUCAUUGAAUUAUUCAACGUCACUGGAGUUGUUUAUGAAAAGAAACUACUUAUAAUCAUGCAUGCCGACGAUAUUUAACUUGUAGUCUUUUAUGUUAUUAAAUAUAUGUUAAAAAAAUGUCUUCAUAUGUUUGAACACUUUACUGAUGUAUUUAUGUUAACUGAGAAUCGCAUGGUUCUUGGUACUAAAACAAUACAAUACAAUACUGUAUGAUUAUAAAAGACAGUGAUUCUCAUCGAGAGUUAAAACUCCCAAGACGAGGCAAGUUGGGGACUGAAUUGACUUUAUUCCGUAGAGGGUCAUAAAAAUAACCGUAUAGAUCCACCAUAUUGUCUUUGUAUGGAAAGCAUUCUAUGAACUUGUAAGUAUAAAUUUGAUUUUUGGAAACAUCCUAUGUAAAUGUAGGGGAUAAAAUGAUGCUCUGUCUAAUUGUCUAUCAAAUUAAUUAA